AUGGAAUUUAUUCUCACUGACUUUUCAGAAGAGCCCAUUCUUCAGAUCCUAUCAUUUGUCUUAUUUCUAUUUACUUACCUGGUUGCAACAGUAGGAAAUGCGAUGAUUAUAUUGAUCAUAAUACAUGUUCCUAAUCUAAGGACACCAAUGUACUUUUUUAUUUUAAAUUUGGGAAUUCUUGAUGUAUGCUAUAUUUCUACCACAGUUCCCAAUAUGCUGGGAAACUCUCUCAAACAGUGGAAGAGAAUUUCCUUUGGUGGUUGUGUGGUUCAGAUGUACAUCUUUCUUAGCAUGGCAGCGACAGAGUCUUUUCUUUUAGUUGCCAUGUCUUAUGACCGAUAUGUUGCUAUUUGUAACCCUUUACGCUACACAGUUAUUAUGAACAGACGGCUCUGUUUACAGCUUGCAGCAACUUCCUGGAUGAUUGGGUUCACCUAUUCUACUAUUCACACUGCAAACACCUUUACACUGAAAUUCUGCAGAUCAAAUGUGAUUGACCAUUUUUUCUGUGACAUUCCACCGCUGUUGAAGAUUUCCUGCUCCAAUACUAAAUUAAAUGAAAUUUUGAUUUUUGUGGUAGGUGCUGUUUUGAUUUUGCCAUGUUUUCCAUUAAUAGUAAUCUCUUAUGUUCAUAUUGUAAGAACCGUAAUGAGGAUCCCAUCUGCCAAAGGGCGUAAGAAAACAUUCUCCACCUGUGUUUCCCACCUAAUGGCAGUCUGCUUGUUUUACCUGACUGGAACAUCUGUGUACCUGCGACCUGCAUCAGCCAAUUCUGCUUUUCAACAAGACAAAAUAAGCGCAGUAUUUUAUACAAUUUUUGUUCCAAUGAUAAAUCCUAUUAUAUACAGUCUGAGGAACAAGGAGUUAAAAGGAGCAAUAAAAACAGUAGUGACUAAAACCUUUCUAUAUAAAAUGCAAUAACACUUGGCCUACAUAUUUUAUACAGAUUAGCUCCAGUCCUGUAUGAUGAUUGAUUUGUAUCUGU